GACAUGCAGUGGGCUAACAGAGAACACACUCACCCAGCAUCUGUCUGCAGCCUGCCAUGUAAGCCGGGGGAGAGGAAGAAAACGGUGAAAGGGGUCCCUUGCUGCUGGCACUGUGAACGCUGUGAAGGUUACAACUACCAGGUGGAUGAGCUCUCCUGUGAACUUUGCCCUCUGGAUCAGAGACCGAACAUCAACCGCACGGGCUGCCAGCUUAUCCCCAUCAUCAAAUUGGAGUGGCAUUCUCCCUGGGCUGUGGUGCCUGUGUUUGUUGCAAUAUUGGGAAUCAUCGCCACCACCUUUGUGAUUGUGACCUUUGUCCGCUAUAAUGACACACCUAUUGUGAGGGCUUCAGGACGUGAACUCAGUUACGUGCUCCUGACAGGGAUUUUUCUCUGUUAUUCAAUCACCUUUUUAAUGAUUGCAGCACCAGAUACAAUUAUCUGCUCCUUCCGACGGAUCUUCCUAGGACUUGGCAUGUGUUUCAGCUAUGCAGCCCUUCUGACCAAAACAAACCGUAUCCACCGAAUAUUUGAGCAGGGGAAGAAGUCUGUCACAGCACCCAAGUUUAUUAGUCCUGCAUCCCAGCUGGUGAUCACCUUCAGCCUCAUCUCCGUCCAGCUUCUUGGAGUGUUUGUCUGGUUUGUUGUGGAUCCCCCACACAUCAUAAUUGACUAUGGGGAGCAGCGGACACUAGAUCCAGAGAAGGCCAGGGGAGUGCUCAAGUGUGACAUUUCUGAUCUCUCACUCAUUUGUUCACUUGGAUACAGUAUCCUCUUGAUGGUCACUUGUACUGUUUAUGCCAUUAAAACCAGAGGUGUCCCAGAGACUUUCAAUGAAGCCAAACCUAUUGGAUUUACCAUGUAUACCACCUGCAUCAUUUGGUUAGCUUUCAUUCCCAUCUUUUUUGGUACAGCCCAGUCAGCAGAAAAGAUGUACAUCCAGACAACAACACUUACUGUCUCCAUGAGUUUAAGUGCUUCAGUGUCUCUGGGCAUGCUCUAUAUGCCCAAGGUUUAUAUUAUAAUUUUUCAUCCAGAACAGAAUGUUCAAAAACGCAAGAGGAGCUUCAAGGCUGUGGUGACAGCUGCCACCAUGCAAAGCAAACUGAUCCAAAAAGGAAAUGACAGACCAAAUGGCGAGGUGAAAAGUGAACUCUGUGAGAGUCUUGAAACCAACAGUAAGUCAUCUGUAGACUUUCCGAUGGUCAAGAGCGGGAGCACUUCCUAAUAGAUCUUCCUCUACCAAGACAACAUAUAUCAGCUACAGCAAUCAUUCAAUCUGAAACAGGGAAAUGAUACAAUCUGAAGAAAUGUGGUAUAUGAUGUUAAACAAUGAACAUGAGACCACAAAAAUUCACUCCUGGAGAUCUCCGUAGACUACAAUCAAUUAAAUCAAUAGUCAGUCUUGUAAGGAACAAAAAUUAGCCAUGAGCCAAAAGUAUCAAUAAACGGGAAGUGAAGAAACCCGUUUUAUACAAUAAAACCAAUAAGUGUCAAGCUAAAGUAUUGCUUACUCAUGAGCAGUUAAAAAAAAAUCACAAAAGGAAAACUAAUGUUAGCUUGUGAAAAAAAAAAUGCUGUUGAAAUAAAUCAUGUCUGAUGUUAUUCUUGUAAGUAUUUUUCUGUGAUUGUGAGAACUCCCGUUCCUGUCCCACAUUGUUCAACUUGUAUAAGACAAUGAGUCUGUUUCUUGUAAUGGCUGACCGGAUUGAAGCCCUGGGUUGUGCUAAAAAUAAAUGCAAUGAUUGAUGCAUGCAAUUUUUUAUACAAAUAAUUUAUUUCUAAUAAUAAAGGAAUGUUUUGCAAAUGUU